GCCGGGCCUUCUCGUUCGCGAAGACGGCAGCACACAGGAGGGAAAGGGGAAGGGGGGGCGCGCGUUUGUAAUGUCGGCAGGUUGGGCAGUAUGUGGGAACUUUGCCGACUUUGCCACCUUGCCAUCGGUCGUUCUAGUCGAAAUUUACAAGCACCUCUCCUUCGAAGACCGACUGCGGGCCUCGUCGACGUGCCGCGCCUGGCGAGACUGCCUCUUCCACCCGCGCUUCUGGACGAGCCUUACGGUGCGCCUGGGCCGCAAGCGGAAUAAGUGGCGACGCGCCGAGUUCUUGGCCCGCAAGUGCGGCCGCUUCGUGCGCCACUUCGAGCUCGAGUUCGACUGCAGCAGCGGCCAGAUCGUGAGCCAAUGCAUCGCCGUGCUCACCCUGCUCGGCGACAACCGGCAGCUCGCGUCGCUAUCCCUGCGCCCCACGGCCUGCGUCGUGGCCUGGCCGCUCUGCUCUUGCGGCGGCUCCAGGGCCAACGGGUGCGCGGCCAACGAAAACGAAACCGUCGCCGUGUACGACAGGUUUGUGGAAGCGAUCCGCCAGGUGAUCCGGACGAGCGUGUCCUUGGAGCACCUUUCCCUGGGCUGCCUGGAGGACCUGGUGCUCCAGUCGGACUCCCUCCUGGCCCUGCUGGCACUACACCAGAGACGGUCCCUGAGGCAGCUGCAUCUGGCAAGCGCAAAGGAAGAUCCUGACCACUACCCAAUCCCGGAGGUCCGGCUAAGGCGCCUGCAGAGCCUGGAGCGCCUUAGCACGCUGGGCGUGGACUAUGACUAUGUGUGCGACCAGCUGCUGCUGCUCCUUGGGGAGCACACCCAGCUGCUCAGCCUGGUGCUCCAUGUGCACGGCUUGGACGACCACCAGAGGGUCUGCGACCGCUCCUGGGCGGAGCUGAGGCGGAGCUGUCCAAGGCUGCGGGUGACACUGGUGCUGCUGCACACGUGCGAGUCACUCAGCACGGUGCGGUCGGUGCUAAACCCCGCCAUGCCGCUGCGGGACUUCCGGUCCUACUUCAGCGAGGGCUUCCGCGGGGAGGUGCUAGACGUGCUGUCGGCGCGCUACGCCGAGACCCUGCAGUCGGUGGCCGUGGUGAACGCCCUCUCGGAGGGUCAGUCCACCCCAAGGAGGACCUUCGCGGUGCGUGCUGAGAGCCCCGUGGUGAUGCUGGCCUGGCGCUGCCACCAGCUAAGCAGUCUGCAACUGGUCGGGCACGAGAUUGCGGACACGGACGUGAUCGCCAUCGCACGCCUGCGAGGACCGCAGCUCAAGGAGCUGGUGGUGCCAACCGACUGCGUCUCGGAGAGUAGCGGGGGCCCCUACUACAGCGAGCUGCGACCGGCCGACGUGCGGCUGCUCGAAGCCGAGGUGUCCUCGAGCCUGCUGCGCACCUGGACACUCUCCGCACACCACUCGCCCGCCCAGAGCGAGACAGGCCAGACGCGUUCCUACCUGAGGACCUUGCAACAGCUACAGAGCUACGGCAGCGCGUAGCGUCCCGCUAAGGCAUCCGGAACGCGCCCCCGACCCGUGCGUUUGCCGCGUCCGCAAAAAAACACACUGGCUUCUGCGAGGUCGUCUGCUGGCACUCAGGGACCGGUGUGAACGCGCAAGCGGACGCCAAACGCGCCGAUCGGGGACGCGUUACGGGCGCGACGCGGGGACGACCGACGCCGGCGCGAGAUCUAGGUUUCAGACAUGCCUUAACAUACUCACCGCGUUGUCGGAGCUGUGGACGACGGGGGUGCGAUCGGCACCGGUUAGUGAAGCGUAACUUGCCAUUAUCAUCGCCAUUCUAUCUUCGCGUCGUCGUCGAACGAUGACGUACAAUGUUUGCCGCCGCACGGUUGGCGGACUCGGCGGGUUUCCAAGACGGUCGUCUGUUGUUAUUCCGAGGCGCUUCAUCAUUCGUGCGCCCAUUGUUUUUAAAAGAGAUCCUUUUUUUAUUGCGGCGCGCUGCGACACCUGGCGCGCGAUGCCGAGAGCAGUAAACGUUUUUAUCGGGUCACGCGAGUGACGCACAUGUGAUAUUCCGACGCCCGGCCGGGUUGGCUUUUUACAAGCCGGUGGCCUGUAGGUUUUAUCGAACUAGUGCCAAGUGAGAACAACAUUGCUGACACAAAGAAGCCUGCGGCCUAACACACCGACACACAAUGACACAACACAUCUCCACUUCCAUCGCUGUGAUGUAGGGGCCAGUGCAAUCGAGAACCCGUCGUUACAAUUGUGUCGCGGCUGGUAAGCGACGCGACGGUUAACUGCCCUAGUGACAAUGGCGUCCAGCCUGAAACGUCAACCACAAUGUUCCAUCCAAGACCAAAAAGCUGACUUACCACGAGUCUUUUCGAAGCUAGAGAUCUUGUCGACUCGUGUCUUUAGAAAAAAAGAGGCACUAGCAACAUCUUAGAACAACUCAAUACCCGAAACCACUCCCUAAAAUCAGGGUGCCCAGUGUUUCUGGCAUUAAUGAUGCCGCCCCAUUGAACCCUUCACGCCACCCAUCUCCUGGGAUUGACGCGUCUUGAGAAUGCGCGGGCAGUGCGACGUUUCUUUUUUGCACUUUGUUAUCUGCAGGUUGAAGCGUCGAGGUUGAGUUUUCAGUGUAAUGGCGCGUUUUAUUUUAGUGUUGUAGGACCCCCUUUUGUUUUAUAUUCUGGGCGACUAUACCCCAGUCGCCUUGCAAUGUGCCGCAGUCCCCAGUGUUGGCUCGAUGCAUUUCGUUUCCAGGGGCAAACUAUUUCAGGUGCUCUUCAGAGUAUAUUUAACGGAUGUUACGUUUGUAGCACAGAUAAUAAAGACUUUUAAGAAUGA